UAGAAUUUAUUUAAUGAUCGUACAGUUCCGUAAUGUUUCGUGCAAUGUCGGAAUCUCCGACUCAAAUAUUCGCUACAACGAUGAAUGUGUGUGUCAGUGUGUAUCGUUUAACUGGAAAACUAGGAGAAAUACUCUCGAUAUACAACGGUGUAUUCCAACUUUUAUGAACCUAAAAAGCAAGGGUGGAAAGAAAUAUUGAAAAAUUAAAGAAAUUUUCAUUUCGUUAUAAAUAAGAAAGUUAAAAGAAAGCUCUUCGUAGUCAAUUUUUUAUUAAAGUGAAAAGCACAUGCGAAAAUUAAGUAUGAAGGGAAAAAGGAGGAAGUCUGAAACAAGCGACGGAGAGUCGGAAGAAAAUGGCGUCGCGUCGGGCGUCUCGGGCGUCACGCGGGCUUCUGAUAACGAAAUGGAUGAAACGGACAGUGAAAAAUCAGAAACUACAUCACGCAAAUCAAAAUCUAAUAAUAAAAGACGUUCAUCGCGUUCACGGGGCAAACAAAAUGAUUCUGUUGAUGAAUCGGUUGAUAAUGAGAGUCAGGAGAAGCCGGCCGGAAGCGAACAGGAAAAUGGAACCGCCAACAGUAAAGGAGGUACAUCCAAACGACGCAAGAAGGAUGAAAAACCCGUGGAAAAGGAAAAACCCGCAUCCGACGAGGAAAACAAUGAAGACGAUGAAUAUGAAGUGGAAAAAGUAGUUGCGCAACGUACCAUUAAAGGUCGUCGUCAAUUCUUGGUCAGGUGGAAAGGCUAUGGAGAAGAUUCCGAUACAUGGGAGCAGGAGAAGGAUUUAAAUUGUCCACAACUCAUUGAAGAAUUUUUAGCAGAAGCUGGUGAUGAGGAAAAGGAAGAAAAGGAAAAACCAGCUGAAAAAACACCCAAAUCUGGAAAAAGUAAACAAGGAAAAAAGUCUUCCAAGAAAGUCAAAAAAGAUGAAGAAUCAAAAGGCGCCGAUGAAGAGGAGGACGACAAUGAUAAUGAAGAUAAAGAAUUCGAAGUAGAAAGAAUUAUUGAAGUUCAUUUCAAGAAAAAUAAAUCACGAGAAUUUCUUAUUCGUUGGAAGGGUUUCUCAUCGUCUGACGACACUUGGGAACCGGAGGAAAAUUUAAAUUGUUCAGAACUUAUUGAGAAGUUUAUGGAUAAAGUGGAUAAAGCAAAAAAACAAGAAGCGAGAGAAUUGAGAACAAAUCCGGCUCUCACAAAACAUUUUACACUCGGAGCGCAUGGAAGACGACACUCACGUCGUCAUGGGGAUAAACAGAGAGUAACCUACCGGGGAUGUGAUGAAUGAAAAUGAAAUUCUUUACACUGAUAUACAUAUGCAAAACUUGAAACCGAUGAUUCACACUAGUGAUAACAUGUGCAUUGGAAAUGAAAAUCUUUCCAUGUUACCUAGUACUAUGAUUCUUUUUGAAAUGUAAUUUUUUUACAGAUUUGUGAAAUUAAGUCGCUUUUUAGUAUUUUGAUUAUUUUUUUUAUACUGUGUUAACUUUCUCUACAAAAAAAAUAUUUCCAAAUUAGUUGAUAGUAUGUUUAAUUAUUAAAACAUAUAAGCUUUUUCAUUAGAGAAAAAUUUAAUGAACUAACGAUAUAAAUCUUUAAAAAAAAAUACAAAUUUUACUUUAUUGCAUAAGUUUUACUUGAAUAUGCAGUAAAUAAUGAAAAGGCCUAUAUGAGAAAGUUUAUAAAUAAAAAAAAUAUAUAUAUACAUACAUAUAUAUUUAAACCGUUGCCGUCGUCUAGCAAUUAAUCUAAUCUACGGUUGUCAACGUACUGUGCAAGUAAUCUACAUAUUAGAUUAAAUUUUGUUUAAGUAUUGAUUGUCAAAAAUCAAUAAAAAUGUAUGAUUUCCAAAUUAUAA